GACUCCUACAUCACAUCUGCAUUUGACAAGCUGGUGACCAAGAUGCCCAGAGACUAGUGCCCAUGCUUGUGUGUCACUUUAGACACGAUCAUAAGACGCAGCAAACCUCCAGUCCUCCUGACCUGUUGCUUGGGGACACAGCCCUUCACCGCUCCUGACGUCUGCCUGGUCGACAUUGGCUUCCUUAGAGAACAAGGAAGGAGGUGGGGACACAUGAAAUCAUGCCACCCAAGGCUGAAUGGCAAUGAGCCGGUGACGCCAAGUUGACGUCAAAGACAGAAGUGACUGAAAUUCUGUAACCGGCUCUUUUUUUCCGGAGUAGCUCAGGUCUCCUGCAAGAGUCCAUCUUAGCCUGGAGGUCUUCCAAAGGACACAGACACCAUGGAAGAACACACAUUUGGGGUUCAGCAGAUCCAACCCAAUGUCAUUUCUGUCCGUCUCUUCAAACGCAAAGUCGGGGGUCUGGGCUUCCUGGUGAAGGAACGGGUCAGCAAGCCACCCGUGAUCAUCUCAGAUCUGAUUCGAGGAGGUGCCGCGGAGCAGAGCGGCCUUAUCCAAGCUGGAGACAUCAUUCUCGCCGUCAAUGGCCGGCCCCUGGUGGACCUCAGCUAUGACAGUGCCCUGGAGGUACUCAGAGGCAUUGCCUCUGAGACCCACGUGGUCCUCAUUCUGAGGGGCCCUGAGGGCUUCACUACACACCUGGAGACCACCUUCACGGGGGAUGGAACCCCCAAGACCAUCCGGGUGACCCAGCCCCUGGGUCCCCCCACCAAAGCCGUCGAUCUGUCCCACCAACCGUCAGCCAGCAAAGACCAGCCAUUAGCAGUAGGCAGGGUCGCAGGUCCGGGUAAUGGGCCUCAGCAUGCCCAAGGCAAUGGACAGGAAGCUGGCUCAGUCUCCCAGGCUAAUGGUCUGGCCAUUGACCCUACAGUGAAAAGUACCAAGGCCGGUCUCCAGGACAGUGGAGACCAUGAUGAACUGCUCAAAGAGAUAGAGCCUGUGCUGAGCCUCCUCAAUAGCGGAGGCAAAGCAGUCAGCAGAGGGGGACCAGCCAAAGCAGAGAUGAAAGACACAGGAGUCCAGGUGGACAGAGACCUAGAUGGCAAGGCGCCCAAAGCCCUGCCCCUGGGCGGUGACAAUGACCGAGUCUUCAAUGACCUGUGGGGGAAGGGCAACGUCCCCGUGGUCCUCAACAAUCCGUAUUCAGAGAAGGAGCAGCCCCCUGCCUCGGGGAAACAGUCCCCUACCAAGAAUGGCAGUCCUUCCAGGUGCCCCCGCUUCCUCAAGGUCAAGAACUGGGAGACAGACGUGGUCCUCACUGACACUCUGCACCUCAAGAGUACAUUGGAAACGGGGUGCACAGAGCACAUCUGCAUGGGCUCUAUCAUGCUGCCAUCCCAGCACACUCGGAAGCCAGAAGACGUCCACACCAAGGACCAGCUCUUCCCACUUGCCAAAGAAUUUCUUGACCAAUACUACUCAUCCAUUAAAAGGUUUGGCUCCAAGGCCCACAUGGACAGGCUGGAGGAGGUGAAUAAGGAGAUCGAAAGCACCAGCACCUACCAGCUCAAGGACACCGAGCUCAUCUACGGCGCCAAGCACGCUUGGCGGAAUGCUGCUCGAUGUGUGGGCAGGAUCCAGUGGUCCAAGCUGCAGGUGUUUGAUGCCAGAGACUGCACCACAGCCCACGGCAUGUUCAACUACAUCUGCAACCACGUGAAGUACGCCACCAACAAAGGGAACCUCAGGUCGGCCAUCACUAUCUUCCCUCAGAGGACUGACGGUAAGCAUGACUUCCGAGUGUGGAAUUCACAGCUCAUCCGCUAUGCCGGCUACAAGCAGCCAGAUGGCUCCACCUUGGGGGACCCAGCCAAUGUGCAAUUUACAGAGAUCUGCAUACAGCAGGGCUGGAAAGCCCCGAGAGGCCGCUUCGACGUCCUGCCGCUCCUGCUCCAGGCCAACGGCAAUGACCCUGAGCUCUUCCAGAUCCCCCCAGAGCUGGUGCUGGAAGUGCCCAUCAGGCACCCCAAGUUUGACUGGUUUAAAGACCUGGGGCUCAAAUGGUACGGCCUCCCUGCUGUGUCCAACAUGCUGCUCGAGAUUGGCGGCCUGGAGUUCAGCGCCUGUCCCUUCAGCGGCUGGUACAUGGGCACAGAGAUCGGCGUCCGUGACUACUGUGACAACUCUCGAUACAACAUCCUGGAGGAAGUAGCCAAGAAGAUGGAUUUGGACACCAGGAAGACGUCCUCACUGUGGAAGGACCAGGCGCUGGUGGAGAUCAACAUUGCUGUUCUGUACAGCUUCCAGAGUGACAAGGUGACCAUCGUUGACCACCACUCAGCCACGGAGUCCUUCAUCAAACACAUGGAAAAUGAAUACCGCUGCAGAGGGGGCUGCCCCGCCGACUGGGUGUGGAUUGUGCCCCCCAUGUCGGGCAGCAUCACCCCUGUCUUCCACCAGGAGAUGCUCAACUAUCGACUCACUCCAUCCUUCGAAUACCAGCCUGACCCAUGGAACACCCAUGUGUGGAAGGGCACCAAUGGGACCCCCACGAAGCGGCGAGCGAUUGGCUUCAAGAAAUUGGCAGAAGCCGUCAAGUUCUCAGCCAAGCUGAUGGGGCAAGCCAUGGCCAAGAGGGUCAAAGCAACCAUUCUCUACGCCACGGAGACAGGCAAAUCACAAGCCUACGCCAAGACGCUGUGCGAGAUCUUCAAGCACGCCUUUGAUGCCAAGGCAAUGUCCAUGGAGGAGUAUGACAUUGUGCACCUGGAGCACGAAGCCCUGGUCUUGGUGGUCACCAGCACCUUUGGCAAUGGAGACCCCCCUGAGAACGGGGAGAAAUUUGGCUGUGCUUUGAUGGAGAUGAGGCACCCGAACUCUGUGCAGGAGGAAAGGAAGUACCCGGAACCCUUGCGUUUCUUUCCCCGUAAAGGGCCUUCCCUCUCCCAGGCUGACUCUGGAGCCCACAGCCUGGUUGCUGUCCGUGACAGCCAGCGCAGGAGCUACAAGGUCCGAUUCAACAGCGUCUCCUCCUACUCUGACUCCCGCAAGUCAUCAGGCGACGGGCCCGACCUCAGGGACAACUUUGAAAGUACUGGACCCCUGGCCAAUGUGAGGUUCUCAGUAUUCGGCCUGGGCUCUCGGGCAUACCCCCACUUCUGCGCCUUCGGGCACGCAGUGGACACCCUCCUGGAGGAGCUGGGAGGGGAGAGGAUUCUGAAGAUGAGGGAGGGGGAUGAACUCUGCGGGCAGGAAGAGGCCUUCAGGACCUGGGCCAAGAAGGUCUUCAAGGCAGCCUGUGAUGUGUUCUGCGUCGGGGAUGACGUCAACAUCGAGAAGGCGAACAAUUCCCUCAUCAGCAAUGACCGCAGCUGGAAGAGGAACAAGUUCCGCCUCACCUAUGUGGCUGAGGCUCCAGAGCUGACACAAGGUCUUUCCAACGUCCACAAAAAGCGAGUCUCGGCCGCUCGAUUCCUUAGCCGCCAAAACCUGCAGAGUCCUAAAUCCAGCCGAUCAACCAUUUUCGUGCGUCUCCACACCAAUGGGAAUCAGGAGCUGCAGUACCAGCCAGGGGACCACCUAGGUGUCUUCCCUGGCAACCACGAGGACCUCGUGAAUGCACUCAUUGAGCGGCUGGAGGAUGCACCGCCUGCCAAUCAUAUGGUGAAGGUGGAGAUGCUGGAGGAGAGGAACACAGCUCUGGGUGUCAUCAGUAAUUGGAAAGAUGAGCCUCGCCUCCCACCCUGCACCAUCUUCCAGGCCUUUAAGUACUACCUGGAUAUCACCACGCCGCCCACGCCCCUGCAGCUGCAGCAGUUCGCCUCCCUGGCCACCAGCGAGAAAGAGAAGCAGCGGCUGCUGGUCCUCAGCAAGGGGCUGCAGGAAUACGAGGAGUGGAAAUGGGGUAAAAACCCCACUAUGGUGGAGGUGCUGGAGGAGUUCCCGUCCAUCCAGAUGCCGGCCACACUUCUCCUCACCCAGCUCUCGCUGCUGCAGCCUCGUUAUUAUUCCAUCAGCUCCUCUCCGGACAUGUACCCCGACGAGGUGCACCUCACCGUGGCCAUUGUCUCCUACCACACCCGAGAUGGGGAAGGACCAGUUCACCACGGCGUGUGCUCCUCCUGGCUCAACCGGAUACAGGCUGAUGAUGUAGUCCCCUGCUUCGUGAGAGGUGCCCCGAGCUUCCACCUGCCUCGAAACCCCCAGGUCCCUUGCAUCCUGGUUGGUCCAGGUACCGGCAUCGCGCCCUUCCGAAGCUUCUGGCAACAGCGACAAUUUGACAUCCAACACAAAGGAAUGAAUCCCUGCCCCAUGGUCCUGGUCUUCGGGUGCCGACAAUCCAAGAUAGAUCAUAUCUACAGAGAAGAGACCCUGCAGGCCAAGAACAAGGGUGUCUUCAGGGAGCUGUAUACCGCCUACUCCCGGGAACCUGACAGGCCAAAGAAAUAUGUCCAGGACGUGCUGCAGGAGCAGUUAGCCGAGCCCGUCUACCGCGCCCUGAAGGAGCAAGGAGGCCACAUUUACGUCUGUGGGGAUGUCACCAUGGCCGCCGAUGUCCUCAAAGCCAUCCAGCGCAUCAUGACCCAGCAGGGGAAGCUGUCAGAGGAGGAUGCUGGUGUGUUCCUCAGCCGACUGAGGGAUGACAACCGGUACCAUGAGGACAUCUUUGGAGUCACCCUGCGAACAUAUGAAGUGACCAACCGCCUUAGAUCUGAGUCCAUUGCCUUCAUUGAAGAGAGCAAAAAAGAUACAGAUGAGUAAGUUCUCUCCAGGCCUGGGCAGAGGGGCUGCAGCUGGGGGUUGCCUGAUUUUCCUGUGUGUGGGGGGAG